AUGCCUUCUGAUGAGGAAACGGAGCUUCGAAUAAGCUCAGACAGAUGGGUUUGCUGUCUGGAAAUAUAUAGAGAUUCAGCGGAUAGCGCACCCCUGUAUGGAACUGGAUUUCUCGUAAAUUUCCGCGAUGUUGCUAAGAAGCUCAUAAUCGUUACCGCUGGUCACAAUAUUUUUGACGGGGGAAAACGCGUACAUUCGAUCAGAAUAUCCUUCUCGGAGCUUCUUGUACCGAAAAUCGACCCUAUAGUUGCGACUGAAGAUCGACAGCUUUUUGUCUCAGAAGAAUAUAAAAGUAAUUCCAGUAAAGAAGCUGAUGACUACGGCCUUAUUGUCCUCGACGGCGAGAAAGUGGGAGGAUUUGCGUUCAGUGCUAUCAUCCCCGACUCAGUGUUGAAGGACAGAGCAACAGAAGCCAACAUAGUUGGCUACAGAGCGGAGGGCGAAAAGGGGCUGGCUAAGGUUAGUGGAAGAUUUGAACAGGUCUCUGAGAGACAGAUCUCCUACCGUAUCAAUGCACAGCCUGGGCUCAGCGGAGGGCCCAUUUGGACCGACUAUGCGGGUUGCGAUACCGCUAUUGGCAUUCAUAACUAUGGUAGAGAACCCAGCCAGGCAGGGAAUACAGAAGGGAAGAAGAAACUUACUGGGGCUCGAUGCACAAGACUAACGAAAGAUGUCCUACUGGUCAUGGCGACAUGGAUCGAGGGUUUCCCCCUCAACAUCCCCAUCUACGCAACUAUACAAUCGGAGAAACGUUAUCUCAAGGUCUCGAGUCCUUCUAGCCAAGGUAGUGAAAAAGCCUGUGAGCCGAGACCCGUUGUGUGUUGUCUGCUCCCAGGGCAAGAUGUCCCAAAAUUCGAUAUCAUUCCGGUCCAGGCUCCGCUUUGCAAGAAGGAAGCCAAGAAGGGUCAAGAUGAUUACGACUGGGGGAAGUAUAUUUACGUGGUCAGAAUCACUGGCACAGAGUCAUUCCUAGGACACACGAAAGUAAACGCAAAUACUCCGAGCGAUCGAAGUCAUCUCCUUCGUUGUUACGAUUGGACAAAAGAGAUACUAGAUGCAGCUGCUGGACCAGUAGGGUGGAUACUAUUUCGCAACAAAAGCCGAGGAGGUUUCUACUUGCUUAGAACGCCAGACAUGCGUAUGACAGCGAUGAAACCGGCGAGUUUGAAUGAGAAAGAAGUCCAGGUACUUGCGUUCUCUCAUACUACCAUGCCUCCUAUAUUUGCAUGUGAUCGUAGGCGCGAGAUAGGGGGCGAGGAAGGAAUCACUUUCAAGGAGCUGAAGGAAAAAGAUAAAACACCCGCGUUCUCCUUAGCUUAA